CUUUUGACAAAUUAACGAAUACAACUUAUAAAUAUUGGGAGGGAAUCUUCGGUUUGGUAUUUAAGAAAGCGAACGGUAGAGAGGUUUUUGCUUUUGCAAGAUCUUCUUACAAAGAAAAAAUAAAGCUGAUGAAUUUGAUUUCAAUCCUCUGUUUUGUUCUCAUAAGCUUCGGUGUUGCUUCGGUUUCAGCAGAAACAACAUGUCCGAACAAUGGAGGAGGUUUCACGCCCAACGGUACCUACGACGCAAACCGCCGUCUCAUCCUAUCUUAUCUUCCUUCAAACGUCACGGCUCAAAAGGGCCUCUUUUACAACGGCUCCAUCGGACAAGAACCGAACCGUAUCUACGUAACAGGGAUGUGCAUGCCAGGAUCAGAUACAGUUGUCUGUUCUGACUGUAUCAAGAUGGCCUCUGAUGAUUUGUUACAGAGAUGUCCAAACCAAACAGAAGCGUAUUCUUGGGCACCUCAUCCCACGCUUUGCUAUGUGCGCUACUCCAACACUUCUUUCUUAGGAUCUUUAGAUCUAAGUCCGUGGCAGAGCAUCACCCACCGUGCAAAUGUAACCUCAGAUCUGACAGAGUUCAGGAAGAUAUGGGAAGACUUAGCUGUUCGUAUGAUUGAUGCAGCAUCCACAUCCAAAAGCUCACCAUCCUCUAGUGAUAACUAUUACACAGCUAAUACCGCAGCCUUGAAUCCUUUCCAGGAAAUCUAUGCAUUGAUGCAAUGCACGCCGGAUCUUUCCUCUAGUGAUUGUAAGACUUGCCUCCGAGAGAGCGUACGUCACUACAACGACCGGCCAUGCUGUAAUAGGAGGCAAGGGACCCGUGUCCGGCGGCCAAGCUGCUAUCUCCGUAUGGAGACGUAUACCUUCUCUAAGGCUUCUUUUGUUAAUUUUACGGCGGCUUCUCCUCUUCCUGUAGAUGAUCAGCCCAGCAAGAUCAACAAUGGAGAAGAUAGCAAAAGACUCUCAACUGGAAUUGUCGUGGCCAUUACCGUUGCAACUGUUGUUGGCGUCUUGAUACUGCUUGUUCUUGGUUAUGUUCUAUGCCGGAGGAGAAACUCAUACCAAAGAACUCAGUUUGAAAAUGAUAGUGAUAUCUCAACUACAAAUUCAUCACAAUACGACUUUAAGACAAUUGAAGUUGCAACAAACAAUUUUUCCAGUAGUAAUAAGCUCGGUGAAGGUGGGUUUGGCGAGGUUUACAAGGGUACACUAUCAACUGGAACGGAAGUGGCUGUGAAGCGACUGUCGAAAAUGUCAGGACAAGGGACAAGAGAGUUCAGGAACGAGGCUGUUCUUGUGUCAAAACUUCAACAUAGGAAUCUUGUUAGGCUUCUUGGAUUCUGUUUGGAAGGAGAAGAAAAGAUUCUCAUCUAUGAGUUUGUCCCUAACAAAAGCCUUGACUAUUUCCUAUUUGACCCUGAAAAGCAAGGUCAGCUAGACUGGUCUCAACGAUACAAGAUCAUUGGAGGGAUUGCUAGAGGAAUUCUUUAUCUUCAUCAAGAUUCACAGCUCACAAUCAUUCAUCGUGACCUUAAAACAAGUAACAUUCUCUUGGAUGCUGAUAUGAACCCAAAGAUUUCAGAUUUUGGACUGUCUACAAUCUUUGGAAUAGAUCAAACUCAAGGCAAUACCAACAGAAUUGCUGGAACCUAGUCAAUUUUCCAUGAAAUCUGACGUUUAUAGCUUUGGAGUCUUAGUUCUCGAGAUUAUAAGUGGAAAGAAAAACAGUAACGUCUACCAGAUGGAUGAAACGAG